AUGCUUACUGGCGCCCGAAUUGUCGAGGCCUUCCUCCAGUUUUGCAUCGACUUCCGGCUGUUUCCGCAGAUCAUCGACUUCAACUCGCUGAACUGCUACUACCAGUCGGCCGAAAGCAUCAUCGAAAUCACUCGGGAUGAGGUUAAGAGAUGUACGAAGAAGGACGCCGAGGAGGCGGCUUUCCGGGUCGGCGACGUGGUGGAGGUGCCGGCCUUCAUGCGACAGGGCAAGAACGGCAAACUCAGGCCAGGCGAUGCCAUGAAGGUCAUCGCUGUGGACACCUCUGACGUUGACGCUGAAGCUGUCUUGGUCAUGACCGCACGCUUGAAGAAGCUCUGGGUGAAGAUGGGACAGAUCAAGAAGGCCGAGAAAGAUUUCGUCUCUUCCGAGAAGGCCAAAACCACAGCCAAAGUGGCAUCGAAGGCCACUUGGAUCAAUAAGGACUUCGAGGAGAUGACGGAGUUAGAGAAGAGAAGCCUGACGAUCUUGUCUUCCUUUGCAGAUUACAUGAGCAGCCGCAAAGUGCGAUCGAAAGAUUUCUUCAGCAAGUUCGACGAGAGCGGGGACGGCUCUAUCGAUGCAGAAGAGCUCAUGAAAGGUAUCACCUUCAUGUCCCUCGCUGGAAACCUCCGGACCUCCAUUUCGACACCACCUCCAGAUAUCAAGGAAGUCGAGCAGCUCUUUAAGCUCAUCGAUGCCGAUGGAGAUGGCACGCUAGACUACAUGGAGUUGGAUAUCGUCAUGAAGACAGUCCAGGAGCGAAAGUCGAAGCAGGCUAAAUCCUCGAACUUCUUCGUGAAGGACGAGAUUGAGAUGACUGACCUGGAGAAAAUUGCCAUGGGCUUCUUUGUUCCUCUGUGGAACUACUUUGAGGCCAACAAGUGGACUGUGAAG